CUUAGAAGGAAAUAAAUCGCUGUCAGUAAGCGAUGUCAACUACUCGGUUGUUGAAUUUUAAUAAAUAAUGAAAUACAAAUAGCAACCAAAUCUCUCACGACUCAACCCUACUGUUUUAAAAUAUCCUGGAUACCCACAAAACAAAAACGAUGGUCACGCCUGGAAUACCUCCCAUCAGAGGUCACUUCUAUUUGGGGUUUAGCUAGACAAUAACAACUCACUUAGUGAAUUAUCUACAGACCUCUGAUUGGAUUGUGAGUCCGCCACCUCUAUGUAUCACACUGGAAUAUGAAAGUGCCUCUUCUCUAAGCGGUCGAAUGGAAUGCUAGAAAUAGCAGCCAAAUAUCUCUCAAAUUACACCCUAUUGAAUUUAGGAAAGAACAGACACUUAAUGUAGAUACUCUGAAUUAUAAAAAAAAAAACGAUUUAAAGAUUUUGUUGGGUUGACUUAGAACAAAACAACAAUAACUCAGACAAUUCUGAAAAGCAAAUUUAGUCAAAAAAGUUGGAUGAUGAAAUAGAGAAGUAAGGUGACAUAAAAACGAUCGCUUAAGUUGACAUGUUAGUUGACAAUACUAACAAAAGAUUAUGCUAAUGCCAUUGGGCACGCACGAACACACACAACACAUUCACAUAAACACAUAGCCGGCAAUUCAUCGGAGACAUUUCGAAGUCACUAUCACACAUUCCCUAAUAAAAAUAAAUUCAAUCCCAUCAUUCAAUACAUUGAAUAUUUUUUCACUUCAUUUUUGCUUUCACGCAUGACUGAAAUGCAUACAUAAUGCAUAGGAACUCGAGUGGGAUCUUUUCCAUCUCAUGCACUCCCUCGAGGGUAAAACACACGCACAGAGGUGACGGAGGCAGGACAAUUAGCAUUACAGGUGUGACAGACCACGUCCCCACGCUUUAGCCAAUGAAAGUUAGUGUUAGAUAAGCAUGUUGGGUAUGAGCAUAGUAAGUGAUUGUUAAUGUGUCUCUAUGGUAACCGUACUAAAAGUAACAUCAAACUUUGCGACGGCAGCAAUGGAUAACGACUUUAGACUGGACGGAUCAUUAACGAGAUUUACCCAUAAAGACUGGACAUGUUCCAAUUUGAGAAAAUAUGCCAAUGCCAACACAGAAAGACAAAAUGCAGAAAGAUUAGUUGCAGAAUCAUUGCGGCUGCAAGAUGAAGCAGAAGCUCAAACCAAAAAGACACAGAAUGAUGUGAAUAAAAAAUUCGACCAACGUCUUGAUGAUUUAAAAUUCUGGAAGUCUGAGAUAGAUAAGAAAUUGGAUGACAUCACUGAAGAAAUAGACUGCCUUGAGACCUUUAAGCGUAGACUGCAGGCAGCACUUGAAGACUGUUAUAACCCACUGAACAUUGCUAAACAAUGUUUGCUUUUCAGAGAGCAUCGACAGGGCAUUGACUUGGUUCAUGAUGAUGUUCAGAAAGAGUUAUUGAAGGAAUGUGAGGUUAUUGAAGGAGCAAUAGCAUUGUUGACCCGUACUAUAGAACAAAGCAAAGAACAAUUACGCCGUAACAGAAAAGCCAAGUACAACUUGCAGAUGGAUCUUAAAGACAAGCUGCAUGGAAUUAACAUUGAUGAAUACUGUCAACAACUUAGAAGCCAUUCCUCGGACAUAGACUACAAUGAUGCAGCAGUAAAAAUAUCACCAAAAUCUGUAUCGGUUGACGAAUGGCAGGCAUUUUCCAACAAAAACAUUAUUAAAGCGGAACAGGAAAGAGAAACCUCAACUAACCUACGUUCAUUGAUAGAUGGUAUCCUUCAGCAAAUUGCCAAUGACAUGAAACAGCAGGGUGAUGCUGUCAAUUUGGCAUUUUCUCGUAGAAUUUCUGAAACUAGAGCUACCAAACAGAAGUUGGGAGAUAAUCUAAAUAAAGUACAUCAACAGAUUUUGGAACUCGAAGAAAACAUAAGCAGGUUGUUGAUUGCUAUAGCUGACAAGGAGCAGCCACUUAAGUUAGCUGAAACCCGUCUUGAAAAACGAGACUUCCGUCCUAACGUUGAGCUCUGUCGUGACCAAGUACAGUACAGACUGAUUAAAGAGGUCCAUGAACUGCGGCUCUCUAUUAAAGAACUACAGAACUGUCUCUAUGAAUCAAACUGCACCAUGAAGAAAUUGCUUCAAAACCAGCGCGACUUGGAAGCAGAUAUUGAUGUUAAAGCCAAAUCAUUGUUCAUAGAUGAGGUGGAGUGUAUGGGCUUGAGGAAAAGCAUUAACAUUCAAGCAUAUUAAAAAGAUUUCCAAUCAAA